CUCAGUAUCGGAUAAUCAUUGUAGAACCAGAUUUCACAGCAUGAACAUGAACUGCCUGAAGAUCUGCGGCUUUGUAUUUGCUCUCAUUGCCCUCACGACGGCGGAGGCUGCUACCCAAGUGCUGAAUGCUGGCGGCCAUACUCUCAUCCAAACGGACCGGACUCAGUACAUUCGCAGGAACUAAAUGGCCCUGUUAAGCAAAACAAAUAAAUAGUACUGAAAUAUGUGAAAAA